AUGGAAAAUUCGAAUCCUGACAAUCAUAUCGAUAAGAAGCCAAGAUUAAGCAUGUCAGAAGAAAAACAACAACAACAACAGCCAAAAGAAGUUUUUGCAUCAGUUGGAGAUCAAGCUCAAUCAGUUGAUAAUAAUAACAAUAAUACUAAUAAUGAAGUAAGACAAACAGGAGCUGAAGAUGCAGAAGGUCAUCCAGUUCAAGAAGUAGAAUCAUUAUGUAUGAAUUGUCAUAAAAAUGGUAUAACUAGAGUAUUAUUAACUAGAAUUCCAUAUUUUAGAGAAAUUAUAAUAAUGUCAUUUGAAUGUCCUCAUUGUGGAUUUAAAAAUAGUGAAAUACAACCAGCUGCACAAAUUGCAGAAAAGGGAUCAAGAUACGUUUUAAAAAUUGAAGAUAAAAAAGAUUUUAAUAGACAAGUUGUAAAAUCAGAAACUGCAACUGUUAAAUUUACAGAAUUAGAUAUUGAAAUACCACCUCAAAGAGGUCAAUUAAUUAAUGUUGAAGGAAUAUUACAAGAUAUGAUAACAGAUUUAGAAUCUGAUCAAGAAGAAAGAAAAAAAAUUCAACCUGAAUUAUAUGAAAAAAUUCAAGAAGUUAUAAAUAAAAUUAAACUGUAUAUAAAUGCUGAUGAAGGAACAUUACCUUUAACUGUAAGUAUAGAUGAUCCAGCUGGAAAUUCAUGGAUUGAAUAUGUUCCAGGAGAACCAUCUCAUAAAUGGGCAAUGUAUGAAUAUAAUAGAACUGCUGAACAAAAUGUAUAUUUAGGAUUAAUAUCAGCUGAUGAAGUAGCACAACAAAAACAAGAAAAAGAAAAUAAAAAUAAAAAUCAAGAUUUAACAAAUUCAAAUAAACCACAAGAAUCCAUCGAACAAGAUACAGUAAUUGGAUUAUCUGAUAAAUCAGAAAUUGAAAAUUUAUCAAAUGAAGUACAAACUUUUGAUGCUACAUGUGGUUCAUGUUAUAAACCAUGUUCAACUCAUAUGAAAUCAGUUGAUAUUCCACAUUUUAAAGAAGUUAUAAUAAUGUCAACAGUAUGUGAUCAUUGUGGAUAUAAAUCAAAUGAAGUUAAAACAGGAGGUGAAAUACCACAAAAGGGGAAAAAAAUAAUAUUAAAAGUUACUGAUCCAGAAGAUUUAGCAAGAGAUAUAUUAAAAUCUGAAACUUGUGGGUUAAAUAUUCCAGAAUUAAAUUUAGAUUUAACUCCAGGAACAUUAGGUGGUAGAUUUACAACAAUUGAAGGAUUAUUACAACAAGUUUCAAAUGAAUUACAUAGUAGAGUUUUCACACAAACUUCAGAUUCAAUGGAUGAAACAACAAAAUUAAAUUGGAUAAAUUUUUUUGCAAAAUUAAAAGAUGCAUUAGAUGGAAAAAUUGGUUUUACAAUUGAAAUGAUUGACCCGUUGGCUGCUUCUUAUAUUCAAAAUAUUUAUGCACCUGAUCCUGAUCCAAAUAUGAAAAUUGAAGAAUUUGAUAGAAGUUUUGAACAAAAUGAAAAUUUAGGUUUAAAUGAUAUGAAAACUGAUUAA